UUGAUUCUGGUUGCGGUUUUGGGAGACCGAUUCAUGCAAAUUGAAGGUGGACCUGGGGCAAAGGCUGGAAUGAUGGGAGUAAACGAUAAAUGCGAAACAGGCCGGACAGAUCUUCAUAACGCUGCAGAGAAGGGUCAAUUGGAUGCCGUUAAAAAGCUCAUCAAGGAAGGAGCCAAAGUUGAUCCUAUAGACGCUGUGAAGCGGACACCUCUUCAUUAUGCUGCCAUGAAUGGUCAUAUCAAGGUUGUCGAAUUGCUCAUCAUGAAAGGAGCCGAAGUUGAUCCUAUAGACGCUGUGAAGCGGACACCUCUUCAUCAUGCUGCUAUGAAUGGUAAUUUUGGAUAUUUAAUUCAAUGAGGCAAAUUAAGUGACACGCACAAGAAUAGCGCCAUCUACAAUCGUUAGAAGAAAGCUAUGAUGCUUACGGUUAAGCUUCAAAACAUUAAAAAAACGUUCAAACGAUCAAACGUUCAGACGUUCGAAACGCUUGAUCCAUCCGUCAAAUUGAAAUGUUGCAAUUGUUUUUAUUUCUGAUUCGGUUUAGUGAGUCACAAGAAUAUGCAUUUUUCCUUGAUUGAGAAAAACUCGAACUAAAUUUUGUUUAACUUCGUAAUAAAAAAUAAUACAAUUCAAAAACGGUAGAUACUUCAAUCCCAUAGCUGUCAAAGUCAGUGGUGAUGGCGCGUACUUUGGAAUUUCAAAUUUUCGAAUUGCAGACUUUAUUUUAUGUAUA